UCUGCAGUACCUCUCUUGCUCAUUCCUCCCUGUGCCGGCUGGGGAGACACGCGCUUUCUGCUUUUCUGCCUUGGCUGCUGGCUCUGCUCCAGCAUCCCUUCGUGCCUCUUGUAUGCUCUUCUUUCCCCCCCUCCUUCCAGCCCAUGACUCCCCCUGUGGGGUUUGCUGGCCAGCCUGAUUCCCUGGCUGUUGCUGCUUCUGCUGCUGCUGCUGCUGCUGCUGCUGCUGCUGCUGCUACUGCUGGGGCAGUGGAGCUGUCUGACGCUGUGCUGCUACGCCGCUGCUGCUCUGCCUCGCUUCCCCUCUCUGCCUUUUGCCUCACGCUCUCCUUUGCUGGAUAAUCGCCACAGAGGUCUGCAAGAGACGGCGACAAAGAGGACAGGAAAGGGAGGGAGAGAGACAGAGAGUCGGCGCUCUUCAUUCAACUGCUGCACUCUACAGUUUGUGCUUUCCUGGGCUGGUUGGAGUGCAGUGCAGGGGAACAACUGAUCAGGAGAGAGCUCCCUAAAGGAAUUUAUCCUCCUCUCUUUGCGCGUCCUCCCUCUGUUCAUUUCUGGGACAGAGUGCAGAGGAGGAGAGAAGAGGGAGGGACUCAGAGCAGGACUUCAGACUCAGCUGCACAGCUCAGUGUCCCGCCUUGCUCCAGAGACACAUAACACACACACACACACACACAUUGACAUAUAUUGGACUGACAAGACUGGCAGACAGGGACAGAAGACACAAUUUCUGUACAUACACAUAGACAGACAACAACACAGACUGACAGACUUGGUGUCAUGGCGUCAGUGGACAGCACCGGUUCGAGUGUCUCUAGUCGGCUGAGAUCAGGGGAUCUACUUCAUGCUGGUCUGGCAGUUGCACUGCUGCUCGGUGUAUGGAAUGUCGGUGGACUGGAGGUGUCGACGGAUAAAGUGCCUUCAAUCGAAGCGAUGAAUGGCUCCACAGUUCUUCUGCCCUGCACCUACUCCUCCUGCAUUGGAAUCAAAAACCUCUACUUCAACUGGCACUAUAACGACAAUGGAACCAUGAUCAAAUUAUGCGAAGCGGUGAUUCCCAUUGAGGGUGUGGAGCCCAAGGUCAGCGUGUACCAUGAGCGCGUGGAGUUUGUCGGCACCUCGAAGAAAAACAACAUCUCCAUCCUGUUGUGGAACAUCACCUUUGAAGAUGAGGGACAGUACAUCUGUUUUGCCAGGAACCCAAAAGAGAAGAACCGCAACCACAGUGCGAUCUACACUCUUAUAGUGGUGGACCAAAUGAAGGAGGUUGACAACACUUUGACAACCAUCAUUGUCUCAGUGCUGGGCGGAGUCAUUGGCUUAGUUAUCAUCAUCAUGGUGAUAAAGGCCUUGGUUGUUCACUUCCUACUGAAAGAUGAUGAGAAGAAUAAAGAGUGCCUGGUGAGCUCCUCAGGGAAUGACAACACAGAAAAUGGACUUUCAGGAGCCAAAGCUGACAACAAAGGGACACCAAAGGCAUGAGCGAAAUGCAAAGUAUGUCUGUAUGUUUGUAUAUAUGUCAGACAAAUGUACAUGAGAGGAAAUGCUGUUAUCAAUGGACUGUUUUAUCUUACUAGUGGCUAACUAAUACAACAUGUAAAUGUAUAUUUUAAUUCAUGCUUGAGAUUUGGGGAGUGUGGAAUGUGCACAGGCCUGGAUCAUUUUCUCAUCGACAUGACAGCCCAUUUGUUAGACAGCGUAUAGCCUCUGUUAUCGAAUUCUGCUCUUUAUCUAACUGGAACCGAACACCAUCUUUACAGCAGAGCCUGAAGUCAACUGUCUCUGCCUCCAAUUACAUAUACGUGUGCUCUUCAUACCCUCUGUGACUUUGCCUAAUUUAGGUUACGUCUUCAGUAGAAAUUAAAUUCUUUUUUAAACUUUGAACCCUCUAUAACCAGAUUUAAACGAGGAAUGUUUUACAAAGCAGGUCCUCAGCUGUCUUACGUUCUUUAUUUAAAGACUACCUUUGAAUGUUCAAUCUCCAAAAUACCUAUUUGUUGCUUUUCUCGGUUAAAAAGCUACAAUCUCAGAUUGCAUUUGGGACUUGGAGUGUACAAUCCUCAACUCAAAGUCAAACUUGGACCCAAACAUACCUGACCAGUGGGAACACACACUUUAAUGUGUGCCAUGCUGAACUGCCACAAUCUAUGAACUGUCAUAUGAACUGAAGAACAGCUCUCUUUAACCCUCACUGGACACUUCACCACCUGUAAACCCAAACCAGAGGACCAUUCAAGAGUUCUGUUUACAAAAGCCAACAUUUCUAUGGUCAUGAUGAAAUAAAAUUUGUUAGAUGGCAUUUUAACUUUUAGGGGUCAGGUACUGAUUGAGUAGCUUUUAGUCCUGGUCUAACCAUCAACCUCAACUACUGUACGCCAGCCUGAACGCCAACUUGCAUGUUUACUGCUAGGUCCAGGUUUGACACACUGAUGAGGUGGUACAUUAAUGUUGAAGCAGAUUUUGAUCAACUACCAGGCUAGCUAAGGCUGACACCUGGGCUUUUCUUAGGUGAGUGAAGGAUCCAGUUCUGCACAAGUUUUAAUUGUUUUGCUUUAGAUGAAACACAGGUGCCUGUUUUGCUUCUGCUCCCUCUGCUGGUGGGAGGAUAAAAACACAGAAAAAUGUAUUAAAAACACACACACACACACACACACACACACACACACACACACACACACACAAAAACAACCAACCCUAACCCUCAUCAAAGACAAUCCCCAGACUACCCAGCUCCCUAUAGAAAGGAAUGAACUUAAUCAUGCUGCUUCUGACAAAUAACCAAUGCAUUUUUAGCAUGUGCGCAUUUUAUAUAACUUCAUGUAAGUAUAUGUUGUCUAGCACUGCAGUACAGGAACAUUUCUGUGUGUCUCUGUUUGGUCCCAUUUAACCCUUCACAUUAACUUGAGCCCACUGAAGCUCUGUCAACGCUUGAUUAGCGCCUCUGAACACUGAUAACAUUUCUUACCCCUUUAACCAGGUCAGUGUGAUUGAAAAGUGACUCUUCUUUUAGAGUAAUGACCUGCAGGUAUUCAUGGAAAAGGAGGAUGACAUGCAUUUUACACAAAGUAACAACAUUUUAGUAUCUCUAACUUUGAAUCUCACAAUUGAACAACUGUGCCGGAGACGUUUAACAAGUUGGCACUUUGCUCAAUGGCGUCAGCCGCAUUUACUGUACGUGGGGAGAGCAAUAUAAUGUGAUUCUCCGGAUAUCAAUUUACUUCCACAUUUCCAUGCUUGUAUGCAGACUCUAACUGGCUAAUUUCCAACACAAACUCUCUCUGAUAACCAUAAGAAAACACUUUUACACAUACAUGUAUUUAGUGCUGCGAUAGUCCAAACAAGUCCAUUGAUACUGGCUCAGUAAUAUGGGGAGCACAGCAUUUGGACAGAUCACUGUAAAAUAAUGUAAAGAAUGUGUUAAUAUCCCAAUAGGCAAGUGGUUCAUUUUACUUUGCCAACUGUCUUAUUCAGUGUGACUCUACAGCCGGCCAAUACUUUCAGUGUUUAGCUCAGUUCAGAUUAACUAACAACUACUUACUGUGACUGUAUUUUAAUGUUUUGGGCAUUGAAGAUUACUAGAAGUGUGUGGUGGGUCUCUAAAUAGUACUGGUGUCUUAGCACUAAAACUGUAUUGCUUUUAUUUAAGCAUAUAUGUCCAAGAGUUUGGAGGGAGCUGGAAUUGUUGAGAUUAAAUAAGAAAAUGAAUCAUAUAUAUAUAUAUAUAUA